GCGGUGUCUCGAUGGCUCAGCCCCAAGCUGAUCCUGCCUAUGCCACUUCUGGGGCCACCUGGGAUGACCGAGCAAGUUCUGGGUACUCAGCACCUUCAGCCCGAGAGGAGAGGCCAAUGAGGCAGGUGUCUCCCUACAGCCAAGCUACCAUGCCGCCUGCUGCCCCAGCACCCGCCCGGCAAGCUCCUCAAGAGGAGGAGGAGGAAGAUGAGGCCAACAGCUAUGACUCCGAUGAAGCAACCACUUUGGGAUCUUUGGAAUUCACCCUCUUGUACAGUCCAGACAACAGCUCUUUGCACUGCGCCAUCAUUAAGGCAAAAGGACUGAAGCCGAUGGACUCCAACGGGCUGGCCGAUCCUUACGUCAAGCUGCAUCUGUUGCCGGGGGCCAGCAAGGUAAGGGCGAUUCCGACGAAGACUCUGAUGUUCGCCACGUAACCCCGUAUUACAUGGAAUGAGACGCUGGAGUGGUAUCCAACGGCAGACACCGAGGAAGACAUGCAGCGGAAAACGCUAAGGAUUUCUGUAUGUGACGAGGACAAGUUUGGCCACAAUGAAUUUAUUGGCGAGACCAGGGUGGCUUUGAAGAAGGUCAAGCCCAACCAGAAGAAGAAUUUCAGCAUCUGUCUGGAAAGAGUCGUACCGAUGAAGCGUGCAGGGACAACGGGGUCCUCGCGAGGAAUGGCCCUCUAUGAAGAUGAGAUGGAUCCGGGGAACAACGUGGAGGAGCGCGGGAAGAUCUUGGUGUCGCUCAUGUACAGCACCCAGAAAGGAGGGCUCAUUGUUGGCAUUGUGCGCGCCGUCCACUUAGCGGCUAUGGAUGCCAAUGGCUACUCGGACCCGUUUGUUAAAAUUUUCUUGAAGCCGGACAUGGGGAAGAAAGCCAAACAGAAGACACAAAUCAAGAAGAAGACUUUGAACCCCGAGUUUAAUGAGGAAUUUUUCUAUGACAUCAAGCACAGCGACCUGGCCAAGAAACAGCUCGAUAUCUCCGUCUGGGAUUAUGACAUCGGCAAGUCCAAUGACUACAUUGGUGGGUGCCAACUGGGCAUCACAGCCAAAGGUGAACGCUUGAAACACUGGUAUGAAUGUCUGAAGAACAAGGAUAAGAAAAUCGAGCGCUGGCACGCCUUACAGAACGAGAACCACGUGGCCAGUGAUUAGAGGGCUGCCCUUGCACCCACCCUCCUUCCCCCUCCCAGUAGAUUUCUGACAUCUCGUCUUCCAACACGUUUACAGUUCCUUUCAGCACUCGUGGGAAAAGAGACCCCUCCGAUCUUCUUCCCAGGGGCAGCCUCUCUCCUUCACUGUUCUCAUGCCAAGGAAUACCCUGGUUCUAUUUUCUGUUUGUAUGGUGAUCCAUUUUUACUCCCCCGUUCCCCUCCUCCCCACCCCCCGGGGUACAUUGAUGUACAGAUUUUCAAGCAAUAGCCCAGCACUGACCAUUUUUACUUUGGCCUCUGCUUUUUUGGCAGCUCGACGUCAAUCCCUGUUCUGCUCCCCCCCCUUUCCCCCCUCCCCAAAUGACCUUGACCCCGCCGGUCUCUUUUCCUCCCAUGUCGACUUCUGCAUGUGGAACAUCCUCUUGCUCCACUCAUUUAGCCCCUCCCUCCCCUCCCCUCCCCUCCCCCUGUAUAAAAUGAAAUACUUUUAGCAUUGCUAUUGGAAAAUGCACGGCUACGGUCCUUCGAUCUGGCUGCUUUGAGCAUGGAGGCAGCAGCUAAAACACAGCAAGCGCGAGACAGCUCGAGCUUCUCCAGACUCCAACGUUCACACAAGAGCAGCUCUGCCUGGGUGCUAACCCAUAACACACAAUGUCGCAGCACCGCGCGCUUCUUCCGGACGCUGCGCUGUUCCUGCCUGUGGCCUGAUGCCCGUGCAAGUCAGUCGAUGCGGGGCUUCACCUCUAGUAGCGUGCAUUUCAUGGCGUGAGCGCUGUGCACUUCUCACUACAAUGCUUCCAGCGAAAGGACCCGGGCUCUUUUCUCCUCUGGCUGGCAACUGGACUGGUCAAAAGGCCACUCAAACACCUCUGCCCUGUGGUGUGAGCCCCAUUCAUUCCCAUGGUGCGUGUCUAGAAGGCAUUUCCAUUGGAUCCAUCUGACCCUCUUGAGUUUUUAAUUCACAUCAGGGACAGCCCAUCUCCUGGGCACACCUGGGCACACCUGGGCACACCUGGGCCCAGAGCACACCACAGCAGGAAGGGGAGCAACUCACCUACUGCCCCUAUGCGCAGGCACCAAGGCCCCUUGCUCCCAUAUCCAAGGGCAGGAAGAGUUUGAAGCGUCACCCACUUGAAAUCCAGGAGUGGCCUCUCGACAUUCAGCAGAGCUCUCUGGGAGAGGAAGCAGGGAGAGGUGAUGAAUCCUCUUCCAUCGCUUGUGUCCAGAGUUUGCAUGUCUGGAGCUUGUGGCGUGUCCCCUGUGGCUCGGGCCAGAGAGCGCGGAGGCUUUUAGGUCAGGUAGUAUCAGGUGAUCCCCUUCUGGCUGGAGGCUCUCCAGGAAGGUUUCUAGCUGGACAGCUGGGAUCCCCCGCAAUUCUCUCCUUCCGCUUGAACUUGGUGCUGCGGCCCAAGACAAGCCCCUGUCCGAUACUCUCAACCUGUAGGCCUUGAUAUGGCUCAGAGUUCAACAGGUAUCUUACAUUUUUUGAUGUUCUUCUCGUUGGAAUAUGUCCUUCUUGCGAUACCCAAAACCUUUGCAUUUACAGUAUCCCAAGAACGUUCCUGAAGUCUCUCCCAAAUGGAGGGUGGAGCAAGUAGAAGAAAAAAGAGUUUGGAUUCAUAUCCCUCUUUUCUCAACCGUGAGGAGCCUCAAAGUGGCCUACAAGCCCCCUCCCUUCCUCUCCCCACAACAGACGCCUUUGGCGCAGGUAGGUGGAGCUUCAAGAGAAUUCGAGAGAACCCAUUGACUAGCCCAGCAGGUGACUCCCAUGUGUGGGGAGCAGAAGGAGCAAAUCCCAGUUCACCAGAUAAUAGUGCUGCUCAUGUGGAGGAGUAAAUCAAACCCAGCUCUCCUGGGAUUAGAGUCAGCACCUUGCAACUGUUAGCUAGCCCGUCCUGAUUGAAAAGUGGCCAGUGGGCAACUGUGGACUUUGCUGGCAAGUGAAUGGGCCAGUCCUGGGAGUGGCCACUCCUUGUGUGGGUGGGUGCCUUCCCACAAAGAGAGGGAGCAAUGGGACGCAACUCUGUACCCGUCUGCCACCACCCUAGAGUGCCAGCUGUAGGUGGUAUGCCAGUGGUGUGGAAAGGGGUCCACCUGGAAGAGCCUUCUACAUUUGGCUGCUAAAAAAUGCUUGGGAGUUCAAGCCCCAGUGCUGUUCUGGAGCCUCUUAUUAGUUGUCGUAUUUUUGUUCCCGGUGGAGCCAUGAUCAGCUGCCUGUCUGUUCUCGUGAUGGUGCCAUUAGAGCCGUCCCGGCCCUCUUCUUAGAAUCUUAACGUGCCAGUCUGUUGAGGAGGGCUCCUUCUGCCAACGGACAGCCUGGAUGUUUUGUGUGUCCUGUGUGGGAGUUUCAACAAAGUGUGUUGUGUUGUCUGUGGUGACCUGUGAUGUCUUGUCCUCUCAGGAGAAAAGAAAGGAGCCUGAUAUUUCUCCCGCCUCCCCCUUCCCCCUUUGUCCAAGAUGGCCUCCUUGGAUUUCUGUUUUCAACCCCCUUGUUGAGAAGUUGGCCAAGUGCAUCGCUCGGCUGAAGGACCUCAGUCAAUGAUUUCAUUGCCAGACCUGCUGGGUCUGGUGCAGGACCCGGCUGACUUCUGGGUUGUGUGACUUUGUAGCUUGCCCCUCGUCUUAUUUUCCCAACCCUUCUUUUUUAAAAAGGUAGCAUUUAAAAACCUAUUGGAAGCGUUCGUUUAGUAGACUGAUGUCUGUUGGAUCCGGCAGAGGCCUGCAGCUACUUUCAUUCUCUUUCUCACAAGUGACUCUAACUCAUGGGUGUCAAACUUGCGGCCCUCCAGAUGUUAUGGACUACAGUUCCCAUCAUCCCCUGCCAGCAUGAUACUGGCAGGGGAUGAUGGGAACUGUAGUCCACAACAUCUGGAGGGCCGCGAGUUUGACACCUGUGCUCUAACUCAAUGAGGUUCUGGGAAAUCAUAUACUCCAGAGGUCCCCAGUUUUUUGGACCUUGUGGGCACCUUUGGAAUUCUGACCCAGGGUGGUGGGUGCAGCUGCAAAAGCACUGCUGCCGGAGGCGGAGCUAGCCACAAAAUGGCUGCCACUGGAGGCGGAGCGAACUACAAAAUGGCUGCCGCAGCUCAUAUUCAGUUAAAUAGUGAAGAUCCUUGUGCCAGGGUGAAUACAUCUAAAGAAAACAAACAAACAAACCACAAAAUGGCUGCCACCGGAGGCCGAGCCAACCACAAAAUGGCCGCCUCAGCUCACCUUCAGGCACGGAGGGAAGAUUCUUGUGCUAUGGUGGCAGCUGCUGCCAAAGCAACAUUAAAAAAAACCUGCACAGCCAAUUAAAUCUCCAGUGGCCAAUCCGAAGUCUAGCUGGGCAGAAUGUGUACCUGCCCCUGCCUCUGCCCCUUUCUAAAGACACUUGGCAGAUCCCAGGAAGGCACCUGUUGGGAACCCUGGCAUAGUCCCAGCAUUGUUUCUCUCUGUCAAUCAGUGAGGCAGGGCCAUGUACCAGUUGAGAGGAGUUUCAGUGAUCUCCUGCACACUACUGUAGGCUGACCAGACGUCCCGCUUUUGGCGGGACAGUCCUGCCUUUAAACAAUUUGUCCCGCGGGUUUUUUCAAGUGUCCCAGUUUUUGAAAGGCUGCCGCACUGCCUUCUGGGGCACAAGGCACUGUAGCAGCCUCCUGCGUGAGACCGCAGGAGCACACGGCCUUCUGGGGCGCUCCCGUUUCCCGCCCACCCAUCCCAGUUCACAAAGGUGACCAUUUGGUCACCUUACACUACUGUCCUUCCCUGAAAUGGCUCCAUGGAGUCACAAUGUCUCCCUGUGAGUGGAAAACAUACAGGCAAUAUGAGAGUGCUUAUAUGAUUCCUGUAACGGUGCAAACAGUGACUCUGUGGAGCUACUUCAUGUUGGGACGGUGCUGUGAAGCGAUCGGGGAGACUCUUGUGUUCAUUUGAAGGCCUUCACGUGACUGCUAAAAAGUGCUUGGGAGUUGCGCCCAGGGAGUUCCGUGCAUCAUUGUCCAGUUGUGCCCUAACACAGUGUUGCAACAGAACUCUGGGGAACGGGAGCUAUGGGGAAGGCUGGUGCACACCGUUGUGGGGGUUGUGCAGUGCACCCAUCUCCGCCGAGCACAGAGGGCUCUUUCCUUUACUGGGGCCCUGACUCCAUUUUCAAAAACCCGUCAGGUAGGGUGAAGACUGUUCCAUGUCCCUCAGAGGCUGAUACCCGUUGAGAUCCACCUUGGACAACAUCGGUGGUGCCUGUGUCCUCCCCUGUUUUAACAACCUUUUCUACAUCCCUCGUUCCAUACGAAGAGGUUCUCUCUGGGCAUCUGUUGUCUCAGAAGACAGCUGUGUUCAAGACCAUCCUGUAAUCUGCGACCGUUCCAGCAACAGUGCGCACUUUUCCUCCCGCGGUUUUCUUUUUCGUCCUCCUCUUGGCAGUUUGUGACUGUUUGGAAUACGACUUCCUCUCUCCUUUCUUUGUAAACGAAGCAUGCACAUACAGAUCGAGAAUGGUGCAAAACCUCCCCCCCCAGGCUCUGACCGCACCCCCCUUUUGACAAUCGCAUUCUGUCCAGCAUGCAGUGAAUUUCACAGGGAAAGGAAACGAAAUGUCAGUUUACAGCUAUUUAAACAGCCAACGUACCACCGAAACUAGAAAAAAACCCCAUCUGAUCUUCCACUGCAUGCGGGUGUAAACGAAGAAACAACCUUUCUUUCUUCAUGUCAUACCUAAUAAACUGAGAAUAAUGGGGGGAAGACUCA